AUGGACGUCUACGUCGUCGUGGCGCCGACGCCCGCGGCCACCGAAGGCAUCGCGGCGCUCCUGGCCUCCAGCGCGGCCAUCCGCAUCACAGCUCUCUCGGGCGCGGUGCUCACGCUGGACGAAGUACGCCGCCACGCCGUGCAGCAGCAGGAAGCGUGUUCCUGGGUCGUGCGAAGAGCAAACGACGAGCUCGACGCGCUGUUGCCGACCGCGCCGUUGCGGCUACGCGAGCUCGAAGCCGCCUUGGACGAAGCGAACACCCGCUGCCACUCGAUGCAGCUCGAGUUUGCCCAGUUCCAGCAAGACGUCCAAGAGCUCCAAGCGCAAUACGCAAAAGUCUCGGAGGUGCACCAGCGCGUGCUCUGGGAGUACCUCCCCGCGCACGAUCCGUCCAUGGCCAGCAUCCCGAGCAUCUCGUACAACGUCGAAGAAAGCGUCCGCGCCAUUGGCAAGUAUACGAUCCAAGCGACGAUCGGCGAGGGCCAGUACGCCUCUGUGUUUGCGUGUUGCUUGCGGCCAGACGACGCGCAUGCCGAGCCGUCGUUCACACCGUCGCCGCCGCUCGCUGUCAAGGUCAUCGAGAAGGCCAAGCUCUUGGAUGUGCUUGCACUACAGCGCAUCCAGAUGGAAAUCGCAGCGCUCUCGGACCCGCUGCUGCGGCACCCGAGCGUCCUCUUCUUGCGCGACGUCAUCCACACACCAAAGUACAUGUACUUGGUGACCGACCGCGGCGGCAAAGACCUUUUCGAGUACUUUGGCGCGCAUGAAAACGGCAUCUCCGAGGCGACAGCGAGCCCCCUAUUGUUCAAGAUCGUGGAUGCAAUCCGGCACUUGCACACGCACGGGUACUGCCACCGCGACCUCAAGCCCGAGAACAUUUUGUUUGCGCCCGAGUCGGCCAGCGUCAAGAUUGUCGACUUCGGCUUGUGCUCGCGCGUCGCCCGAGGAAGGAAGGCGUUUUUGAGCGACUUUUGCGGAAGCCCCGGGUUCUUUGCCCCCGAGAUUCUCCUCGCCGAGUCGUACGACGGGUUCAAGGCCGAUGUGUGGAGCCUCGGCUGCAUUCUGCUCGAGCUCCUGCUCGGCAAUGCCUUCUUCUUGUCGGUCUGGAUGACGGCGUACUCGCUCGACGUCCUCGGCGACCGCGCGCUGUACCGCGACACCCUCCAUGCGAACCUCGCCAAGCUGCGAGAAGCCCUCGACGCACCACCCAUGCAGCUCUACUCGGGCCCCAUGAAGGAGCUGCUACUGCUCAUGCUCGAUGCGUCGGCCAAAACCCGUCUCACGAUCCAGGAUGUGUACGAGCACCCAGUCUUUGAGGCGCAGCGGCGCAAGAAGCAGCCGCUCGUCAAGAGCGGCAGCAGUGUCGUGGAAUCGAGCGGACCGACGCGCCUCGCGGUGCAGGGCCACGUGCACAUUCAUCCGAUGAGCCAUCCGCCGUCACCACCCCGGCCGCGCUCGGAAGAACACCCUGUGACGAGCAAAGUCAUCCUGCCCGCGAUUGCAAAACUGAGUCCGGACAAGCCACGGUAGCCUUUCUUAACAGCUAAGAACAUCGACGCAAGAGGGUUAGAGGCC